GUCGUAUUUGAGUAGAAGGCAUUAUAAGAACAUUUUUUUAUUCUUAAAUGUUUUGAGUAUAAAAAAAAUUGUCAUUUAAUUUAAAAUGCUGCGAAAGUGUAUAUUUAUCAAUCAUUUUAAAAUUGUGAAGAGAAAGUUUGGUAAAGCCACCUACGUUAUUGGUAACACGCAGAACGUAAAUUCACAAGAAUAUCAGAAAAGCUACAUUAAAAUGAAAGAAUUAGUUCAGGAGUUAAAAUCUGUUGUUGAAAAGAUAGUGGAAGGUGGUGGAAAAAAAUCAAAAGAAAAACAUGUUAAUAAAGGAAAACUUUUUGUCAGAGAUCGAAUCAAUCUUCUACUUGAUCCUGGCUCACCGUUUUUGGAAUUUUCUCAACUUGCUGGAUACCAAAUGUAUGGUGAUGAGGAAGUCCCUGCAGGUGGAAUCAUCACUGGAAUAGGAAGAGUACAAGGUAUUGAAUGCAUGAUUGUGGCAAACGAUGCAACAGUAAAAGCCGGCUCCUACUACCCGAUUACCGUAAAGAAGCAGUUGCGUGCUCAGGAAAUCGCUAAAGAAAAUAGGCUCCCCUGUAUCUAUUUAGUAGACAGUGGAGGAGCUAAUUUGUCAAGGCAAGGAGAAGCUUUUGCUGAUAAGUCUCACUUUGGAAGAACGUUUUACAAUCAAGCUAAUAUGAGUGCCAUUGGGAUUCCACAAGUUGCUGUAGUGAUGGGAAGCUGUACUGCUGGUGGUGCUUACGUGCCAGCAAUGGCAGAUGAAACAGUGAUAAUUCGUCAUCAAGGUACAAUUUUCUUAGCUGGGCCACCAUUAGUAAAAGCAUCAACUGGAGAGGAGGUUACAGCUGAAGAUUUAGGAGGUGCAGAUCUUCACUGCCGAAUAUCUGGAGUGACAGACCAUUUGGCUAUGAACGAAAAGCACGCACUGUAUCUUACUCGGCAGAUCGUGUCAAACCUGAACUACCAACGUAAUAUUAAAGCCACAGUCAAUUCGAAGUAUGAGUCACCGUUGCAUGCCAUUGACGAAAUCUAUGGUAUUGUCGGUACAAAUCUGAAACGGCCCUACGAUGUCAGAGAGGUUAUUGCUCGAAUCGUCGACAGCUCUGCUUUCCACGAGUUUAAGGCUCUUUACGGAGAAACUUUAGUAACUGGAUUUGCGAGCAUACAUGGAUACCCAGUUGGCAUUGUAGCAAAUAAUGGUGUCUUAUUUUCUGAGAGUGCACUCAAGGGUGCGCACUUCAUCCAGCUAUGUGUUCAGAGAAGAGUGCCACUCAUUUUUCUGCAGAACAUUACAGGUUUUAUGGUUGGAAGAGAUGCAGAGGCAGGUGGUAUAGCUAAGAAUGGAGCAAAAAUGGUCAAUGCCGUUGCAUGCGCUAAAGUUCCUAAAAUUACCGUCAUAAUAGGAGGAUCCUAUGGAGCAGGAAAUUAUGGAAUGUGUGGGAGGUCCUAUUCCCCAAGAUUUUUGUACAUGUGGCCUAAUGCAAGAAUAUCAGUCAUGGGAGGUGAGCAAGCAGCUAGCGUAAUGGUACAAAUUGCAAAGGAUCAGCGCAAAACAGAAGGAAGAGAGAACGCUCCUGUAAUUUGUAGGGUAAGAGAAUCUGUAGUUCUAGGAAAAUACGAGGUUAUAAUGUUUUUGUUUGUAGUGGAUAUGGUUGAUGAUUGUAUUCUUGAGAGUGAUUUUAUUCAUAAGGACAUCACCAGUAAUAAAAUUUUGCUGAUUUGCUAA